AUGCCAAAUUUAGACGAUUUGGACAUAGAUAUUGAAACAGAUGAUACAUUAGGACUAGAAAGACAGUAUUAUGAUAUAGGAUACAAAGAAGGUAUAGACCAAUCAACUAAGGAACAAUACCUCGAGGGAAAACAAUUUGGUUAUCAAACUGGAUUUCAAAGAUUUUUGAUUGUUGGAUAUAUACGGGGAUUGAUACAGGAUUGGGAAUUAAAUUUGAAGAAAUAUGAUAAUCAACAAUCUUUAAAUAACCAUUUAAGCCAAAUAAAGAGUUGUAUGGAUAAAAUUAGUUUAGUCAAUAAUGAUAAAGAAGUUGAGAAAUUCGAAAUUAAUUUGAGAAAAUCUAGGAAUAAAUUAAGAGUACUAGUGGGGAUUACUAAAGAGAGUUGGAAGAUUGAUAAUUUAGACGAAUUGAUUAAUAAAGUUGGUGGGAAUAUGCAAAUUAGUGAAAAUGUUGAUGAUAUGUGGUAA